AUGAUUUCCUCCUCCUUUUCCUCCUCCGCUGGACAAUCGCACUCAUUGUUACGGCCAAUAAGGACAGGAGCAAUCCUAGCAAUUAGGGCUUACUUUCCAGAUUCCGAAUCGUCCGAGGAUGUAGUAAGGCUAUUGAAGACGGGCUGGGUGGGCGGAAGUCAGCGGUCUGAGGAAGUGAGUAGGAGAGAAAAGAGAGUUCAUGAUGAUGAUGAUGAUGAUGAUGAUGAUGAUGAUGAGGAGGAGGAGGAGGAGGAGGAGGAGGAGGUACAGCAGGUGAAAUCAAUAACUCGAAAGGCACGGGCAGAUAGGAUGCGCCUUGCAAGUGAAGACAUGAGCUCGUUCUUUUUCGGUCGAAAUCGAGAAGAUGCAAAGCCAGGCGAGAAUGAUGUUCAACCAGCUGACUUUAUCGCAGAACGGAACAUGAAAAUGCAGCUUUUCCCUGGAACAAUGCAGUCAGUUUCGUGGGCCCUAGAUUUCAACUCCGACUCAAACACGUGCCUGUAG